CAGCCGCCUCUCUCCCUCCCAAACCACACGACACAACCACCACCCACCACCCGCCACGAUGUCGCUCAUGCACUCGGAAAAGGUGCUGCUCACGCCCGCCAUACGGCGAGGGCUCAUCCAGCCCGCAAAGGCCAAUGCCGCCGCCAUUGCCAGGACCGCCGCUGCUGCCGCCACCGGCUCGUCAAUACAGCAGCACCACCCGCACAGCUACCUCCACCGGCGGCACACGACACAACACAUACGCAGCUUCCAGACCUCCUCGCGAGCCCUCAUCGGACCUGGCUCCGGCGUCCUCGGCUCGGGGGGCGGCGCCCUCGGCCCACUUCCACCUUCGUACUUCCAGCGCCCCUCUCUCCCAGCCAACACAGUCAUCCGCUUCGUCCCGCAGCAGACGGCCUGGAUCGUCGAGCGCAUGGGCAAGUUCAACCGCAUCCUCGAGCCCGGCCUCGCCAUCCUCGUCCCCUUUAUCGACCGCAUCGCCUACGUAAAGUCCCUCAAGGAGGCCGCCAUCGAGAUCCCGUCCCAGUCCGCCAUCACGGCCGACAACGUGACCCUCGAGCUCGACGGCGUGCUCUACACGCAGGUCUUUGACGCGUACAAGGCGUCGUACGGCGUCGAGGACGCCGAGUACGCCAUCAGCCAGCUCGCGCAGACGACGAUGCGCUCCGAGAUUGGCCAGCUCACGCUCGACCACGUCCUCAAGGAGCGCGCCCAGCUCAACACCAACAUCACCGCCGCCAUCAACGAGGCCGCCCAGGCCUGGGGCGUCACCUGCCUGCGCUACGAGAUCCGCGACAUCCACGCCCCGCCCGCCGUCGUCGAGGCCAUGCACCGCCAGGUCACCGCCGAGCGGUCCAAGCGCGCCGAGAUCCUCGAGUCCGAGGGCCAGAGGCAGUCGGCCAUCAACAUUGCCGAGGGUAAAAAACAGAGCGUCAUCCUGGCCUCCGAGGCCAUCCGGUCCGAGAACAUCAACCGCGCAACCGGCGAGGCCGAGGCCAUCUUGAUGAAGGCCAAGGCCACGGCCAACGGCAUCGACGCUGUGGCCCGGGCAAUCGCCUCGGGCGGCGCUUCCGCCCAGGGUGCCGUGAGCAUGAACGUCGCCGAGAAGUACGUCGACGCGUUUGCCAAGCUCGCACGCGAGAGCACCGCCGUGGUCGUGCCGGGCAACGUGGGCGACAUUGGCGGCAUGAUUGCCACGGGACUGAGCGUGUACGGCAAGGUCGGCGAGGCACAGAGCAGGACAAUGGCCAAGCAUGUUCUUGAGAAGGGCGGGGUUGUUGACGCAAACGAUCAGAAAGGUGGCCAGGGGACGAAGAGCGUGGUCGACUCGGUGGUGGACGAGUUUGACAAUACUACUGCGAGGCGGUAGAAACAGCUCACUCGACUCGUCAAUCAAUUGGGGUGGUGAGGAUGAUGAGAGCUAUGCCUGCCUGGUGUCAUCGACCUGUCUCCCUUGUACACAUAUUCUUUGUUUUGUUGUGUGUGUUUUGAGCGGAUGGGGGCGGGAAAAGAGACAAUUGGUGCCGAGGUAAUCAUUGUACAAAAAUUAGCAUUCAAGAAACGCAAAGAACUCGAAACAAAGCAAAAUCUUUGAAAAUCAACCACGUUCACUGUGAUUGCGGGUGAGCAGAAGGCAGCUUGUGAUGUGCUC